CCUUGUCAAGGUAGGUAGUAAAGGCCUGGUUCCCCCCCCACCGUUCCAUUAUCUACCCGACACCGACUUUGGCUUGGGUCCCUCGGUUCCUUGCAGCGGUGUGGUUUUGCCACCUACUUUUUGCUACUGCGGUCGUUGCUGUCUGUCCCUUUUUCCCAAACCCCAGAGCCUCAACGGGCACUUUUCAAGAUACACACGCCCGCCAAGAUGGACACGGAGAAGGAGACCGCCCAGCAAAUCGAGCACUUGGGCAGCCGGUCGUGGAACGCUGGCGAGCUCUCGGACGCCAGCGUGCCCGACUCGGAGCUGGAGUGGUCCGAGGAGGAGGAGCGGUCGAUCCGGCGCAAGAUCGACUGGCACACGGUGCCGCUGGUGACGCUGCUGUACAUGCUGUGCUUCCUGGACCGCGUCAACAUCGGCAACGCGCGCAUCCAGGGGCUGGCCAAGGACCUGGACAUGACGACGGGCGUGCGCUUCAACUGGGCGCUGUCCAUCUUCUACAUUGUGUACCUGCUGGUCGAGGUGCCCAGCAACGUGAUCCUCAAGCGCGUCGGCCCGCGCUUCUACCUGCCGCUGCUGGUGUGCGGCUUCGGCGUGGUGUCGCUGAGCACGGCCUUCGUGGUCAACUUCGAGGGCCUGAUGGUGGCGCGCGUGUUCCUGGGCAUCUUCGAGGGCGGCGCGAUGCCGGGGAUGGCCUUCUUCCUGUCGUGCUUCUACAAGCGCAACGAGCUGCUCUUCCGCAUGGGCAUCUACGUGUCGGCGGCGUCGAUCGCGGGCGCCUUCGGCGGGCUGCUGGCCACGGGCCUGUCCAAGAUCCCCGAAUGGGGCGCCGCGGGGGCGCGCAUCCACACGUGGCGCAACAUCUUCUUCUUCGAGGGGCUCAUCACCAUGGUCAUCGGCGCCGUCGCACCCGUGUGGAUGCCGACGACGCCCAGCGACGCCUACUUCCUGACCCCGCGCGAGCGGCGCAUCGCGGCCGAGCGGCUGGUGCGCGAGCACAAGGCCGACCCGGCCGAGAAGGUCACCUGGAAGGACCUCAAGCAGGCGGUGCUGUGCAUCCACAACUACACGUGCGCGCUGGGCUUCUUCCUCAUCAACAUCACGGUGCAGGGGCUGUCGGUCUUCAUGCCCACCAUCCUCAACGACCUCGGCUGGACCAACACGCAGGCGCAGCUGUACUCGGUGCCGCCCUACGUCGCCGCCUGCCUGGUCGCCAUCGCCGUCGCCUACGGCAGCGACAAGACCCACCAGCGCGGCAUCUGGCUGGCCGCCUUCUCGUGCCUGGCCCUAGUCGGCUUCGCGCUCCUGCGCUGGGUCGACAACCCCAACAUCCGCUACAUGGCCGUGUAUUUCGUGACUGUCGGCGCUUUUCCCGGCGGACCGGGCUUCCUCAGCUGGGCCAUGAACAACUCGGCCGGGCCUGCCGUGAGGGCGGUCACGUCGGGUUAUGUCGUGACAUUGGGUACGAUAGGCGGUAUCGUUGCUACAUGGACGUACAUCCCCGCCGACGCGCCCAAGUACUACACGGGCCACACCAUCAACCUGGGCGGCCAGAUCGCCGUCGUCGCCCUCUCCAUAUUUGGCAUCCUCUACUGCAUGUACGAGAACAAGGCCCGCCUGGCGGGGAAGAGGGAUCACCGUCUGGAAGGUCUGACGGAGGAGGAGCAGGAGAAGCUGGGGAGUCGGCAUCCGCAGUUUCGGUAUUGGACUUAGGUUAGGGCUGCGCUUCUCCGUUCAAAGUAAGUUGUUAGUUUGAGAUCGGGCUUGCAGGGGUUGUGUUUGGGACCUUUCUCGCUGUGGUUAGGGGUAGUAUGGCCAAUAGGCUUUUGGGGCUUUGGGCUGGUAAGCGGUAUUUUGUUUGUUUGCUAGUACUCUACUAGGGUAUUUUGGGUUUAGCUCCCGGAUAGGUAGACCGAUCGAUAUGAGGUUUUGCCAGAUGACAUCGUGCUGUCGAAGGGAAAGUUCAUUGGUAGUACUAGUUCUGCGUCUAUCCAUAUUCGAUUCGGUGCCAGCUGAAGCGGGAAAGUUUCUUGAC